AUGCCUCGCAAAACAGUCCUCCAAAGUCGACUGGCAUGCGAUCGAUGUCAUUCCCAGAAACUGCGAUGUCCACGACAAGACAAGACCACAAAAGAUACAGAUGGAUCAUCGAAGCCAUGUGUCCGCUGCGAGCGCGCCAAGGUGCCCUGCGUCUUUAGCCCACGCCAGCGCCGAACCGUGAUUCCAAAGUCCGCCAAGGUUCCCAAAAAGCAUACACCUCCAAAUCGCGACAUUGUCGAUAGUGCCGAUGCUACGCCUGCCUCCACUGGCCCGGCGUUAACGAGGACAGCUCAAACGGUGCCGGAGAAUUCGGAAGUCAACUUUGGUUCCUUCGUGGAGGGGGAGAUUUCGUCGUGUAGACUGGACAACCCCCUAGAGGCACCCAGCACAACUGCCACACCAACAGAUACCCAACAACCCUUUGAUGCCACCGAUCUACGCCAGGACUUCUAUGGCUCCUCAUACUUUGAUGGCAGCAACCUCCAGUUGCAACAGUCCUCGACGGAUUCAUCCUCCGAUCCAUCAACCACCUGUACCGACAUUUGCCCUCUCUCGCUUGACACCACCACAAGCAUAGACUGGGACAGCCUCCUCCUCCUCCCAGACCCUCUUCCUCCGCCAUCCCAGGGCUGGUCUCUUCUAGACUUCGACAAAUCUCUCCUUCCAGGUCCCGCUCCCGACCCACUCUUCCCUCCACAUGGUCCUCAGCUUUCCUUCGACCUCACGACCAACUCAUCGAAUAACAACGACAUCGACCCCGUCCGCUUCCUUCCCUCCUCCAACCUUUCGGUCGACUUCUCCAGCCCUCAAGCCCUGACGCCCUACUCCCCCGUCCGCCAACUAGCCAACCUCAACGUCUCCUUGUACGAACACCUCUGCCUGGUUCCACAACUCUACAGCAACCGCGGCCUGCCAACCCUCACGCCAGUCUUGCGCAUCGACGUGCUAGAGAAGCGGCUGCUAGCAAUCGACCGCACCUUCCAGUUAACCCAAGAACUGAUCGAUAUCGUCGGAAAACUCUACCCACGCUCCGCUCCCCUCUCAGGUAACGCCCCAACCGUUCAUCGCACCGGAACAGGAGUGCCCUUGGCGCAAGACCAAGCCACUGUCCUCUUACUGCUGUCUUGCGCGCAAAGGGUAUGUGACGUCUACGACCUGAUGCUCAGUCACAUGCGCAAGUGCAUGAAGAGGAACUCCCUUCCGCACUUUGACGAGGGGCUGAAGCCAGUGAGACUGCCACCAUUCAGAGUAGCGGGGGUGUAUGCGCCGCCAACAGACAAGGCUGUUACGUUGCACAUGUUCAUGGUGAUGAUGAUGGCUAGUAAUCUGUUUGAUCAGUUGCAGGAGGUUCUGGGGUUAUGGAGACAUGACGAACUUGGUGGGGUGGAGGUGGAUGAUCUGCAGUAUCCGGCCUUUGGGAGGGAAGCGAAGGAGGCGAUACGGAAAAAGGCGAGGGAUGUGACCAUGGAGAUUGUGGGUAUUAGGCAGAUUGUCAUGUCGUUUCCAGGCAUGGGCAUGGAGGAGACGAGACAGGGGGUUUUGGAGUUGAGGACUGGUGGUGGUGCUUCGUCGAUUUCGAGUGAGAUGGGGAAGGUGAUUGGGGAGGCUAAGAGGUUGGCUAUUGAGGGUGCUGCUACUUGUGCGGGGGAUUGGGAUGGGGAGUGUUAUUGA